AGAGAAAUUUCUUGAAUUUCUUUGGAAUAAAAUGAAAGAUCCCAAUAAAUUGGCAAUAAUACGGAUUAAAUCAUCAAUGUCUGACGAUGAGCACAUUGAACCGCCCGCCUUUAGUCCAGCUACACUUGGUCUACAUCGUGUCGGUACCUUGCCACCUCCAAAACCUCAAACCUCACAACCAAUUCAAAUGUUAAAUGCUCGUGGAAUGCCCGUUCGCGUUCGAAAACGUAAUCGUCUAUUCUUUGACGAUGAACUGGUAAAUUAUAACAAAGCUCUUUGUGUUAAGCAAUCGCCUCGCAAAAUUACCAUACCACAAAAACAACCAAGAACACCAGUUAAAACUCCAUCAAAAGCUUUAAAAAAGAGAAAAACAAUCGGCGGUACACGUUAUGUGCGUUACGAAGAAAAGCAACAAACACCUCCCGAAAAACGUUCUCCUAGCAAAUACUUUUCGUCCCCGACAGCAUCAACAUCACGAAAUGCACUGAUACCAGCCGACAAGCUUAUGGAACAACAAAUCGGUUUACGUUUACGAAAUUUGCUUAAGCUACCCAAAGCCCAAAAAUGGGUUAUAUUCGAAUGGUUCUACUCAUUUGUAGAUAAGCCUCUUUUUCAAGGUGAGAACGAUUUCCAGAUUUGUCUUAACGAUGUAGUGCAAUACGACAGUCCGUUCAAGAAUCCAGUUAUUGAACGUGAUAAUAUCGGUGGCUUCCUAGUGAAGCUAUUAGAGACCAUUGUUCGAUUGAAGCGAGCAAUUGCUAUAAAGAAAUCUAAACUAAAUCGACUGAAAGAAAUGAAUUCAGAAGCAGAAAUUAAAAAUGCAGCAGCAGCUGCAUCAUCUUCUUCAUCGUCCGGAGAGGUGAAAGCUGGUCUGUUGGAUAGCGAUAAUGUUGAAGUGUUUCAAAAACACGUUCAAAUCCAUUUACACCAUAUUCGACUUGGCACUGGUCAAUUGGCUAUGUCACCGAGCAUAAAUGUGCAGCAGCACAAUGCAACUUUGACUUUAACUUUACUUUAACUAACCAAAAUCUAUUUAAUUUUACUUUUGUUGUAUAUUCAAAUUUUCUAUUGAAUUAAACAUAUUUUUUUUCUAUCCCCAAAGAGGCAGUUUUUUAAA